AUGGUGUUUUGGGAAGGAUAUGUGAGUGACGAGUCGAUGGGGACUUUUGCCCCGCUAGUCGUGUACUGGUUGUAUGCUGGGGUUUAUCAGCUGCUCCCUCCUCUAGACAAUUACAGGCUGCAUACGAAGACCGAAGAAAAUGAGAAAAAUGUUGUGCCUUUGGGAUCCGUUAUCAAAGGUGUUCUUCUUCAGCAGUUUGUUCAGGCUGUUGUUGCGGAAUUGCUGUUUUUGGUAACUUCUAAUGCGAGUUUUCCCGAUCAAGCCGCCCAACCCUCUCUCCCUUUACAGUGCAUCCAAUUCGUAGUUGCCAUGCUAGUCAUGGACACGUGGCAGUAUUUUGUUCACCGUUACAUGCACCAGAAUAAGUUUCUGUACAAACACAUCCACUCCCAACAUCAUAGAUUAGUUGUCCCUUAUGCUAUUGGGGCUCUUUACAAUCACCCAUUGGAAGGCCUUUUAUUGGACACGUUUGGCGGUGCUAUUUCCUUUUUAGUGUCCGGGAUGACUGCUCGGACAGCUGUUUAUUUCUUUUGCUUUGCUAUCAUAAAGACUGUUGAUGACCAUUGUGGGCUGUGGCUGCCUGGUAAUAUCUUCCAUUUACUUUUUCAAAACAACACUGCUUAUCACGAUGUGCAUCAUCAGCUCCAGGGUUUAAAAUUCAAUUACUCUCAGCCGUUUUUCUCGAUAUGGGACAAACUGCUCGGGACCUAUGUGCCGUAUACACUUGUAAAGCGGGCAGAGGGUGGUUUUGAGGCAAGGCUGAAAAAAGAUUGA